GGAUACCUGUGAUAAGAUUCCGAGAGGACUGGGAUCCAGAAGAAAGAAACAUGGCCGCAGUAGCAUAGGAUGCUUGGGAAAUUUGCAUUGUCACAAGUACGGGAAAAACAUCUGGUCGUUUAGACCGGAAAAAUCUUAGUAGCGAUAAGAUUUAUGGUUAACCUGUUCUAGUCGACCCGAAAACGAAUCGACUCUCUCGGAUCUUCAAACUUCAUCUUUUAAAAAUCCUUCUUCCCGUUUGGGUGCUGGUAGAAUAGAGCUUCUAAAGGUCUUUAUUUUUGUUUAUUACACCCUUUGAUCAACCGGCUUGUAAAAUAAGAGAAAAAUGAAAAUGGAAGGAGUCAAGGAAGUUCACAAGGACAUCCCGAAAUCUCCACAAGACGAUCGGGAUUACAGGGGUUUAUUGUUAGAGAACGGGCUUAAAGUGCUGCUGAUUCACGACUCGUUGACCGAUAAGAGUGCAGCCGCUAUGGACGUGCAUAUAGGGAGCUUGACAGAUCCAAAAGAAUUACCUGGCCUUGCUCAUUUCUGCGAGCAUAUGCUUUUUCUUGGAACAGAAAAGUACCCUGGUGAAAAUGCCUAUACUCAGUUUUUGACAGAGAACGGUGGGUCAUCUAAUGCUUUCACAUCUGGAGAACACACAAACUAUUUCUUUGAUGUAAAAUAUGAAUCUCUUUCUAAUGCUCUAGACAGGUUUGCACAAUUUUUCCUGUGCCCAUUAUUUAAUGCUGAUGCAAAGGACAGAGAGGUCAAUGCUGUUGACUCUGAAAAUUCAAAAAACCGUUUGAAUGACAUGUGGAGAUUAAAUCAGUUGGACAAGUCAACAGUUGACCCAUCUCAUCCAUACAACAAGUUUUGCACAGGAAACAAGCUUACCCUUGAUACACGACCUAAGGAGAAAGGAAUAGACACGAGAGAAGAGCUUCUGAAGUUUCACUCUCUUUACUACUCAGCUAACAUAAUGUCCUUAUCAGUUAUAGGAAGAGAGUCUCUUGAUGAAAUGACUGAGAUGGUGGUGAAGCUGUUUUCUCCUGUACAAAACAAAAAUGUUACCAUCCCUACAUUUCCAGAACAUCCUUAUGGAGCUGAGCAAGUGCAGACUUUGUUCAAAGUGGUUCCUGUAAAAGACAUGAAGAAUUUAAACCUGAUGUUCCCUAUUCCUGAUAUGAGGAAAUACUAUCACUUCAAGCCGAGUCAUUACAUCUCUCACCUUAUUGGCCAUGAGGGAGAGGGAAGUCUCUUAUCAGAACUUAAGGCUAAAGGUUGGGUGAAUGCAUUGGUCGCUGGUGCACUGGAUGGAGCUAAAGGCUUUAUGUUUUUCAUGUGUAAUAUGGAGCUAACGAAUGAAGGGCAAGAUCACAUCUUUGAGAUUUCGACCAGUGUUUUCCAGUACCUAGAGAUGUUGCGCCGAGAGGAGCCCCUUGAAUGGGUUUUUGAGGAGUGCAAGGCAUUGGCUGAAGUGCGAUUCUGCUUUAAUGAUAAAGAAACUCCUAGAUCAUAUGUCUGUCAUUUGGCAAGAUCACUUCAUGAUUUCUCUAUUGACGAUGUUCUACGGGGUCCUCAUCUUCUCACGUCAUUUCGCCCUGAUCUGAUCAAGCAAGUGCUUGACAAUUUGGUCCCUGAGAAAGUCAGGAUAACCAUUGUAUCUAAAGCUUUUGAAGGAAAAACAGACAAGACGGAGGAAUGGUAUGGCACCGAAUACUCGAUGGAGAGAAUCGAUCAGCAACAAAUCAAGGAUUGGAAAAAUGUUUCCCUGAAUGCUGCCCUUACCAUCCCUAAAAAGAACGAGUUUAUUCCGACGGAUUUGGAUAUACGGCCAGCUCCAGGAGAGACCUCGCAAUUCCCAGUUCUUAUUAAGGAUUCCCCUCUUACCAAGGUCUGGUUCAAACAAGAUGUCACAUUCCUUCUGCCCAAAGCAUGUAUGCUUUUUGAAAUCACCAGCCCGUUAGCAUACAUAGACCCAUGCCACUGCAACAUGGCAUACAUCUUCCUGCAGCUUCUUAAGGACUCACUCAACGAGUACGCCUAUGAUGCCGAGAUCGCCGGCGUGACGUACAACCUGGACAACACCAUGUAUGGAAUAUUUAUGAGCAUCAGGGGCUACAACCACAAGCAGGGGAUCUUGAUGGAAAAGAUCCUCAAGCGCAUGACCAAGUUCAAAGUGGAUCCCAACAGAUUCCGUCUCAUCAAGGAGAGGUACGAACAAGGCCUGAGGAACUUCAAGGCAGAGCAGCCUCACCAACACGCACUGUACUACACUUCCUACUUACUGGAAGAACUUGCCUGGCACAAGGACGAGCUCAUAGACGCCCUAGAAGAAGUGACAAUAGAAAAGCUACAAGCCUUCAUCCCCGAACUCCUUGGACGAUUGCACAUCGAGUGUCUGCUACACGGGAACGUCACAGAAAAGGAAGCCCUUGGUUUGGUCGACACUAUGGAGAGCAUCUUCACUGAGAACUCGGGCACGAAGCCGCUACUCCCGCUACAACUACGACGUCACCGAGAGAUACAACUACCGCACAAUUCAUCGCAUCUAUUCGAAGCUGUCAAUCAUGUCCACAGUAACUCAAGUAUCGAGAUCUACUAUCAGUGCGAUCUGCAAGAGACAAGGAGUAACAUGCUGCUGGAGUUGUUCUGUCAGGUCAUCCAUGAGUCUUGUUUUAACAUCCUCAGGACCCAGGAGCAGCUGGGAUACAUAGUGUUCAGCGGGCCACGAAGAGGCAAUGGGGCACAGGGUCUACGCUUCAUCAUCCAAUCGGAUAAAGAACCUUCUCUACUAGACUCUAGGGUUGAGGUUUUCCUUGACAAAACAAAGGAAAUGAUUGAGUCGAUGACAGACGAGGAGUUCAAAAACCACAUUGAUGCCCUCGCCGUCAGACGACUCGACAAACCCAAGAAGCUGCGAACUGAAACCCAGAAACAUUGGGGAGAGAUUCUCACCCGACAGUACAACUUUGAUCGAGAUAACGUUGAGGUGGCGUUUUUGCGGACACUUACCAAGGAUGACCUGCUCAAUUUCUACAAGGAUUUGCUAGAACCUAGCGCCCCCAGACGACACAAGUUAGCAGUGCAUAUCCUUCCCAAUACCAUGAGCAAGCUAGAACAAAAUGACGUCAUCAAAUCUGAGGUAGAGGCCGUAGAUGCAUCACCAGUUACACUCUCAAAAAAGCCUGUACUUAUUCAGGACGUGGCGACCUUCAAGAGCGGACUACCCUUGCUUCCAUUAGUGUCUCCCUACGAAACGCACACAACCAAGUCCAAACUUUAGAUAGUAAUGAGUGCUGGACUUUAGAAGGUAGUUAGUGGCGCUGAGCUUGUAGCGCGCUAUCCACCUAUACAGACCUUUAGUCGGCCAAUAGUGGACUUGCGCUAAGAGGUCACGUGACUGUUUUGGUGGCAAACGAGCGCGCUCAGGCUUUUAGUGGCAAAAUAACAGAAAGAAAGAGCAACUUAUUUUUGCUUACGAAAAAAGCCAGGAUUCUUUUUCCAGAAAGGGUUUAGUUUCAUUUACAGUUUUUUAGUGUCAUUUAUAGAUUCACAUAUUUUUUCGUCGUUCUCUGGUGUGACGGGCGCAGACUUUUCUGAUUUUUGUUUGUUUGAUUUUGUUUUUAAUUUGCCACCCAGAAAGGUCACCUAAUCCUAUUAGCGCAAGUCCCUCACAGUUAAGAUUUAAACAAACUUUAAACUAGGAAGAUUCCGUCAUGCUCUGAUAUGUAUUUAUAGCCGAAUCCGUUGUUGUGCGACCGUCAAAGAAUUCAAAUCCACUUCUUGUUUGGGAAAGCGAGUAGUCAAUCAUACCACCGUGACCAAUCAAUUCAUUGCUGUGUGCAGUCAAAUUGUUUAUGACGCGACAGUAAGAACAUGAAAGUCAUCGAUUGGUUUAGACGAAUAAUUGAUUACGCGCUAUUCCCGAACAAGACGAGGAUUUUGUAUUCGCCGAGGUCGCAGAACAACGAAUUAAGCUAUAAGCAUUUCUUUUUCUCUCCGGUUUGUAAGGGAAGUUCAUGUGAAUCCGAAAGUACGUCUCUUGAAUCCUCAUUGGUGUUAAUUACUUUACUUCACAAUAGCCAAAGUGACCACGCUAGCGCGCGGUGUAACAGCUGCACAGCCAUGACCCUGGCUAGUGGCCCGUGGGAGACUUUAGGUCACUAAGUACCAUCAGAUUACUUUUUUGUCUUCUUACGAUACUUACACACAUGUGCAUCAUUUACAAGUAUUUAUACGAGUAUUAUUGAUUUUGAGAUCACGAGAAUAAUUUUUACUAUG